CAUCACGUAAGAAGGAACAGGUGGCAUGUUCGCAAAUGAGACCCGAAUAGUUUUCAAAAGCAGGACAUGCUGUGGACAAGUCUCGUCUACAUUCAGAAUGAAGGACAGUGCGCUGCACAACGAGGGCAAAUGCAUGGUGCAGAGAUAUGUGUGUAGGCUACUCUGUCUCUUUUGAAGGUGGUGGCUUGAGGUGGGUCUGGAGAGCACUUGGAUUAUGGCAUGAGGACAAAAACGGGUCCGUUCUUUCCAGCUCUGCCGCUCCAUGCGGAGUGGUUGAGAUGGUUAUGGACAGCCAGGUCGGAUCCGGGGACUCCCUCUGCUCAUGUUCAUCUCCGAUGUUAUCCCUGUCUCGAGGUGCGCGACGGGCACUUCGAAUGUUCCCGGUGGUCCCUUCGGCCUCCAGACACCGGCUUCAGUUCCAAUUUCACAUGUUUUGGUCCAAGGACCACUGUGUCAGGUCACACUCCCAGUCACCCGUGGAGAUACUAAUCAGUCCUUCCAUUUCAAGUAAACCAAGUAAUGUAGUGGGAAAACCCCGACUCCCGUCCUACAUAAACAAAUCCAAGCGGUAAUGCGAGGCUAUCGCCC